AGGUGCAGUCGACUGAAGUCAUAACUUCAUGACCUUUGAUCACAUGGUUUUUGUAAAGUUCAUGCAGUCGUCAUCUGUAGUCUGAAAUCGGAACAUUUUUAUUCCCACAAUGCAACACACUUCGCAAGGCGUUGACCUGACAAAAGUGAUCUGCUCGACGCGCCCUGUGUUUCUCCGGCUGUUUCCACUGACUGACGAGGCUACACAUUUGUGCUUAGGGACCCGUCAGCCAAGGCUACGCAUCUUCCAGGGGUCAGAAAUGGAGACUUUUAAUUAUAAACUAAACAUGUACAUAGACUCAUGGAUGGGUCCCAGAGAUGAGCGGGUACAGGGAUGGCUGCUUCUGGACAACUACCCUCCAACCUUUGCACUAACAGUAAUGUACCUGCUGAUCGUAUGGAUGGGGCCCAAGUACAUGAGACACAGACAGCCGGUGUCUUGCCGGGGUCUCCUGUUGGUCUACAAUCUGGGCCUCACGAUCUUGUCCUUCUAUAUGUUCUAUGAGAUUGUGUCUGCUGUGUGGCACGGGGAUUAUAACUUCUAUUGCCAAGACACACACAGUGCAGGAGAAACCGAUGCCAAGAUCAUAAAUGUGCUGUGGUGGUACUACUUCUCCAAGCUCAUAGAGUUUAUGGAUACCUUCUUCUUCAUUCUACGGAAGAACAACCAUCAGAUCACGUUUCUGCACAUCUACCACCAUGCUAGCAUGCCCAACAUCUGGUGGUUCGUCAUGAACUGGGUGCCCUGUGGUCACUCCUACUUUGGUGCCUCCCUGAACAGCUUCAUCCAUGUCCUGAUGUACUCUUACUAUGGGCUCUCUGCUGUCCCGGCCUUGCGGCCCUAUCUAUGGUGGAAGAAAUACAUCACACAAGGACAGCUGAUUCAGUUCUUUUUGACCAUGUCCCAGACGACAUGUGCAGUCAUUUGGCCAUGUGGUUUCCCCAGAGGGUGGCUGUAUUUCCAGAUAUUCUAUGUCGUCACACUUAUUGUCCUUUUCGCAAACUUCUACAUUCAGACUUACAAGAAACACCUUGUUUCACAAAAGAAGGAGUAUCAUCAGAAUGGCUCUGUUGCUUCAUUGAAUGGCCAUGUGAAUGGGGUGACACCCACGGAAACCAUUACACACAGGAAAGUGAGGGGGGACUGAAUCUUGAAUACUGUUACAAUCCUAACUGUAGGACAUAUCUACUGUAUGUAAUGUUGCUAGGAGAGAUGGGAUAAUACAUUUCUUCAUGAGGAUUACUAAUGAAGAAAUGUAUUAGAAGAGUCUAAGCUAGUUAAUUCACAAAAGACAAGACAUGUUUAUCUGAAAGAGAUUCCUAACAUUUUGCACACCGCAACCUGUUAUUAUUCAUAUUGAAUCAAAGUUCAUUAGAGUUUCUAAACAAGCAUAGCAUAGGGAGUACACCACAGCACAGUAACCCCAGAGACCCACUUCCUUUUAAUGCUGCACAAGAUGUUCAACUUUGUCUGUCUUCAGUGUGGUGGGAACAAAGCUUUAAUCAACCUUGACCCAUACAGAAAUAAUAACUUAUUUUCUAUGUUUUAAUUCACAACAUAUGCACUUGUCUACAUGCUUGUCCAUGAGGGAAAAAUAUAUAUUUUGGGGAUUCUGUUUUGUAAAAGGUACUAUAUCUGUUUUUUUUCUCUCAAUAUAUUUUAUUUGACCACAAGGUCAUACAAUCAUUUAUAAGUAUGCAAAAGAGUUGCUUCAAAAAAAUGCAUUAAAAUACAUAAGCUGUACAAUAUCAACAUAAAUAAUUAGAUACUGAUUUGUGUUCCAAAAUGGCUUUGCAUACAAGAAAGGAAAGAGAAAAAAACAAACAGGAUUGUCACUUAUGGCUGAGCAUUAUUACCUAACAUACCAGUAAUAGAUAGUGAUCUUUUUCUUUUUUACACCAUGUGUCCGUAUCAUUCCCACCCUCCCUUCCCAAUGUUCCUCAAGGAUUUUCUUUUCUUUGUAUCCUCUUAUUGAGGUUCCCGUUAUGAGUAUAUACACACUAGUACAAAUCUAAACUCAGGUACAUAAUCAAUCUGACACCGGUUUCGGUUUCAACAAAAGAAAAAUUUGCCAUGUCUUAUAAAAUAAAGUUGUGGAUCCAC